UUAGUAACACAACUAACAGCGAGUGACCUGAGAGAAGAUGUUGAGAUUGCAGCAACAGCAGAGACCUCCUUCUGGAGGAAGCGAAGCCGAACUGGACACGAUGGCGAGGGAGGAUCUCGCUGUGCUUCAGAGAAAACUGAGAGUGAGUGAAGAAAACAAGAAGGCCUACUCUGAUCAAGCACAUAAUGUCCUUAGAAAGCAAACGUCAAUGAUUCAGGCCUUGACUCGUGAGCACGAAGAAUUGAAAAAGAAUUUAAAAUUAGCGUCCAGUAAUCAAAACGAAUUGAAGGAUAUGCACAUCUCAAUAAAGUUUAAGGAACUUGUUGAAAAACAUGUUAUUUAUUCGCGUCAAAUUUCUGAGGAGCAGAAACUGAUCCACGACAUAGAACUUAAAACAAAAUCCAUAGAAGAAGCAGUUACCAAGCAACGGAAGUUGAUGGGAGGGUCGCAGAUGAGCCAGCUACAGCACAUUGCUGUCCAAAAACAGCUCCGUGUCAUGGAGAAUAGACUAGACAAGGCCUUGGUGAGGUUCAACACUGGAUUAUCAACCAAUGCCAGGCUCCGCACACUCAUCGAUCAUCUAAGACAAGAGAAACAAGUUUUUGAAGGAUUGCAGAAGAAGCUUCAAAAGGAGCUGGCAGUUUUUAAAAGAGAAAUGGGUGAAGUUAUUGACAAAUCAACCGUGGCAUAUUCAGCAAGGGAAGAUGCCCAGGGUAAGCUACUGGCUCUUAAAGACAAAGCAGACAAGGAGUUGGCUCAAUAUCAGACAGAAUUGAAGGAAUUGGUCAGAAUUAUUGACCACGAUCAAAGACUCCGCAACUUUAUGACAUGCAAAGAUCAAGAGCGCACUGAUGCUCAUAGAGAAAUGGAAGCUACUCGAAGACGAAAAAUUGCGGAAAAGAUUGAAGAACGAGAAAGAACAGUAACAUCAUAUGAAGAAGCUUUUCAGAGUAUUCAAGAAGCAACUAGCAUUGUUGACAUUGACCAUCUUGUUAGUAGAUUCAUCGAAGUUGAAGAUGAGAAUUUCGCACUUUUCAACUUUGUUAAUGAGCUAAGUGGUAACAUAGAGCUGGUGCAGGAGGCCAUCACUGGUUUAAAGGAGGAGAUGGCAAAAUUCCAAAAGGAGGGAGUUGCCUUAGAACAACAGCGAGAAACCAUACUGCAGGGCUUAGAGGGUGAAUUAAAAGUCACACAAAACGAAACCAAGGUUUCUGAAUCACAAUAUGAAGUGUCUAGUCGUGUAUUGGGACAACUCAGAUCCAGCAUUGAGUCUGUCUUUUCAAAAAUUGGCUGCGACAAUACAACUAUUACAGAGUUGCUAGGCGGACAUGCCGGCGUUACUGAAUCAACAAUGCUACAGUACCUGGGACUGAUAGAGCAGAGAACUAAUGAGCUACUCCAAUUACAAGUUUUCUUACAAGUUAAAGAAUCUGAUGACCCAGAAGCCAUAGCUCAAUUGUUGAUGACUAAAAGUUCACUACCUGGUCUCAAACAACCUUCAAUAGUAUUACCGUCAACAACAUCUGAGUAUAGCAUUGAUAGUAAUGAAGAUGAAGGGCUCCCACUUACUCAAGAGGAGCUCAGACAGAGGGCAAUGAAAGGACUCACUAAUCGUGAGGCACGCAAGACAGCCACAGUGCUACCAACUCCUCCCGGGACUGCAAUACCUCAAACUGGCAAAAGUCGUAGCAUUCCAUCGGGAAAGAAGAGAGCUGUAGCAACUCGUUAAAUGUGACAAUAGUUCAUCACAUAAUAAGAGCGUGUAUACUGUAUGUAGUGACAGCAUUAACAUUAUUAUUAAUCUUGCCCAUGACCAUUACAUUACUGAUAUAACUAUAAUUAUUUUAGCAACUUUAAUAAAUACAAGUAAUUAUAACCAUACAACCAUUAUAAUAAUUGUUAUCUCAGAUAUUGCAUUUAUCAUUU